AUGCAUCUUAAAGCCCCCUAUCUUGAAGACACCCCAACUGCAAAGCAGUUGGUCGUCAAGGGGGCACCGUUUUUGAUGCGUCCCGCAGAGCUACAGAACUCGUCGAUGAGCUCGGCAGAUUUCAUGAAAGGAGUUUGGCCAAAGCUAGUGCAGGCAAAUAUCAACACCGUACUGGGCUGCGUGGCUUGGGAGCAGAUUGAACCCAGUGAAGGGACCUUUGUUUUCGACGAUCUCGACCGGAUCCUCCAAGAUGCUCGAUCCCACGGUCUGCAUCUCAUUCUACUAUGGUUUGGGUCUUUCAAAAACGGUGGCCUCCAAAUGACGGACACGCUAUCCAUCUUCCAUGAGGAAUCUGCAGCUGCCGAUGCUCAAGCAUUCCAGCGCCUCAUGCAACACCUGAAAGAGGUAGAUCAGGAGCACUCCACGGUCAUCAUGGUCCAGGUGGAGAAUGAGGUUGGACUCCUGGGAGAUUCGAGGGAUCGGGGAUCCGCAGCCAACGAACGAUUUUGCUCACCUGUACCCUCAGCGCUCAUGAACGUGUUGAAACCCAUGGCAAAUAACUUCCCAGACACCAUACAGCGUCAUCUGAGGCUUUUCAAUGAGAACCCGGCAGCGGAGAAUAGGUCAUGGGAAGCGGUGCUUGGGCCCAGCCAGCAAACAGAUGAGCUUUUCAUGGCCUAUCACUAUGCCCUGUAUCUGGAACAUAUUGCCAGUGCAGGGAAGGCUGCAUACCCAAUUCCAAGCUUUACAAACGUAUGGCAGAACCUUGCUGGAGAUGAUGGUGAUCAGACCAUUGACUUGCCUGUCGUGGUGGGCGGCGGCGGGCAUCCCGGAGACUAUCCUUCUGGAGGUGCUGUGGCUCAUGUGCUAGAUAUAUGGCGAGCUUUCGCCCCAUCGCUCGACCUUAUCGCUCCGGAUAUCUACCUCAAUGACUAUGAGACGCUGUGUGCCGCUUACUUCCGGCCGGGCAAUCCGCUGUUUAUUCCGGAGCAGCGACGGGACGAGUACGGAGCGCGGCGGAUCUGGGCGGCGUAUGGUAGGUUUUACGCCCUGGGGGCAUCACCGUUCGGAAUCGACACGUUGGGGCCGCUCGGAGAGAAUCCGUUCACCAAGCACUUUGGGCUGUUGGCCAAGGUUUCUUCCCAUGUCCUCGAGGCGCAACGUGUCCCUGGCACCAUGGUGGGGUUCUUCUUUGAUGAGUUCACGAUCCCAGAUACAUCCCCUCCGGUGAUAGCCACCAUGGGAGGCUGGCGUCUAGUUAUCGAAAGAGCUUUUGUAUUUGGCAAACCAGGACCCGGGUUUGGGCUCGUCAUCCAGAAGGGACCCGCUCGUUUCCUCCUCGUCGGCGAAGGAUUCCAUGUCAGAUUCGAGUCUCUGAAGAGCAAUGCCUGCUUUACGGGUAUUCUUCAAUUCACAGAGAAGGAGGUCGUGAAUGAGACGACGGGUGAGAUGCGCUCGGUGCGAAUGCUCAAUGGUGACGAGACUCGGAGUGGAAAACUGGCUAUCAUGCCUGGGGAAGAUCCCGAUUAUGGAUCGUUUCCCAUCUGCGUGACGAUUCCUGCAGGCACUCGGAUUGCUGAGUGUGAGGUGUAUGCGCUAGAGGAUGACGGGGCUUGA